AUGUCAUUAGCGCGUGCUCCUGCAGGGGAUCACGGAGGAGGUGGUGGAUCUAGUUUUGGCCUGGAUGCUCGGAAUCUGGAAAUCAAGACGAAAUCCAUAGAACACACUCUUGUACCUCUUGUAUCUCAGAUUACCACUCUAGUUAAUUUCAAAGAGUCAUAUCUCAUGAAUGGCAGACCGAAAUCUGAGAGAGCGAUCCGAGCUGCACUCAAAGUUGGAAGCGCGGUAGAAGCAGCUAUAGAACGAUUUGUUGCUGUUGGAGAGACUAUAGCCGAUGAAAAUCCGGACAUCCAACCUGAGAUGUAUGACGCUUGCCACGAGGCGCGACUAGCAGGAACUUCCAUAGCGAACUUGUCUUGCUGUUCAACAGAGCUCCCUGACGCUCCUCUCCUCGAUAAGAAUGUGCUCGUCAGAGCUAGCCGACAACUGUUGAGUAGUGUCACAAGAGUUCUUCUUUUAGCAGACAGAGUUUUGGUGAAACAUAUACUGCGAGCAGAAGACAAGGUUGCUUAUUCCCUGUCACGACUUGAAGUAUGUAGGUCGUUCACUGAAUUUGUGAAGAUCUUCGCAGAAUUCGGCGGCGAAAUGGUUGAUUUGGCUCAUCGAUCUGGCGAUAGGCAGCAUGACCUGAAGAGUGAGAAGCGAAGGUCUCAAAUGGGUGUGGCAAGGACAUCUCUCGAGAGGCAUACAAUGUUGUUACUCACCUCUUCUAAGACUCUGCUGCGACAUCCGGAGUCCGAAUGCGCCCUACAAUGUAGAGAUGGAGUUUUUGACCAGAUCCGUACUGCUCUUCAACUAAUUGCUAUCUGUGUUAGUGAUGGCGUCAUUCCAGUUGAUCACACCCGUUUCCUUCAGACCACUAGUGAGGAACCUCUUGAUAUUGGGAUACAACUCACUGCAAAUGCCGCAAUCAAGCAACUGACGGAAAUGCUUGAGAUGGUACGCAUGACAUCAAGGGUUGGAGCCGGUGUCCGAGAACGGCUCAUUGGAGCUCUCGAUGCGCUCUGUGAAAUGACCCAGGAUUUCACGGAUUCCGCCUACACUCCUCACCACCAUCGAGAACAAAUUCUGGACUUCUUAGAGGAGUGUAGAUUUGAGAUGACUAACCUUAUUCAGCCUGAAGAUGACUCCACUGAUCAGCUGCGUUCGGAUGGCAUCGAAGUGACCGUAGAAAGACUGAAUAGGCGACUGAAGGACCUUGGAAAGCAACUUCAAAUCGUCGCCAUGGAACACGUAUCCGAAGUUUUGCGAGCAAACGAAGACCAGAUUUUGCUUUCUUCUAUCAAAGCAUGUGCCGUAGCUGGAGAUAUUGAUGGAGUAGAGAGGUACAUGGAGAAAUUUAGAGAACAUGCUGAACACAUGCAGGAGGUUUGUCGAUUACUACAUCAUAUAUCGCUUACUGAUGCUUUGCAUGUUAACACCGGCCACUGUGAACGAAACAUGCGAGCUCUGGCACCAUUGACUUUGCUUGCUGGACGUACUCUUUGCCAGCAUCCAUCUAGUCGAAUAGCACGUGAAAAUUUGGAAGUCUUCUGCGAUACCUGGAGCCAAUCGGUGAAUGAUCUGUCCCGUCUUGCCAAGGAGUCCGACUCUGCAGCUUGUGGACGUGUCGCUGCUGAGAAACAGGCUUAUAUGUCGCUCCCUCGCCCUGGGAAACAUGGCACUACAUCAAAGCCGUCAAAGCCAAUCACGCUAGAUAUUGAGGACCAGCAAAAGAUGGCAAAGGUUGGCCUAGAAAUGAAGUUGUUGACGUCGGAGGUUGAUGCUGAAGCAGAAAAAUGGGACGAGUACGCGGAAAAUGAUAUUGUGAAGAGAGCGAAGGCAAUGUCAUCAAUGGCGUACAACAUGUAUCUUUUCACCAGAGGAGAUGGUCCUUUGAAAACAACUCACGAUCUGUUCACUCAGGCUGAAUUCUUUGCUGAACAAGCUAAUAAAAUGUACAAAACAGUGCGGGAGUUUAGCUACGAGGUGCCUGGAUCGGCUGAGAAAAGUGAGUUGUCAGGCAUACUCGAGAAAAUACCAGUCCAUUGUCAACAACUGCAAGUACUUGUCAAGAGUCCAACGGUGGGAAAAUCAGCUACAUUUGGAAAGGUCGACUCUGUUAUCCAGGAAACCAAGAAUCUGAUGAAUGAGAUUGCAAAACUCGUUACCUCUUCGUUUGUUUGUGCGACUAAAGUGUUGCGGAUAUUUUCUGGUCUAGUGUCAGCUUUGCAGUUCUAUCGAUAUGAAAAUAUCCGUCACAUUGCGGUUACCAUUGGGAAUGUUACCGAUACGAAAUUGAAUUCCGUGGCGGCUCGGUGCCCAGGGCGGUUGGGGAUGGCGGCGAUGCUCGAGCGUCACGAGAAUCGACACUUUGGCGACGGACGCCAAGUAUACGGCGGACAGCCCCGCCUCCUGGGACUUACCAACAUUAGGAAAUUAGAUGCCAUAAAAGAUUCGGGUUAUGUGACGCAAUCCGAUCGGUGUUCUACUCCGAUUCGCUCAUUUUACGAUUCUCAACCUCCUCAUUCCAAUCACAAGCAAAGUCUUGUUAGGCAUAAGGUUUAUUUAGGAUUCUUUGGUUCUAUGAAAUAUUGCAAGGAAGCGCAAGAAAAACGAAAAUUUUUGCAACUUAACCACAUUUGA